AUGAGGCAGCUUAGGUGUAACUUUCAGUUUCAGCUCGAAAACAAAGCGGCCACUGUGCAGCACAGCAAUACUUCCAAGAGUGGGCCCAGGACCGCGUUGAAGAGCAAGCCAGCUCAGCCAGCUCAAAGAGAUCCCUGGGCCGAGUGGGAAACGCGAUGGUCUGAAGAGUUUCGACGCUUUGAGGACAUGGAGCGCUUGAGGCAGCGGCGGAGUUACGAGGCGCAAUAUGCCGAAGAGCGCGAGAGGGAGGCAGGGAUACCAUCCUCCAUCCUCGUGGAGAAGGAGCGAGCCGCUGACCAGUCGGCAAAAAACUCCUACAGAAAGCCCCAGCAGCAGCAGCAGCAUCAGCGACGGACACCAGACCCCCCGAAGAAGGAGCCGAAGUCGACUGGCUGGUUGCCGCCUAGGGCCCCGCAACCAGAGCCGGCUGCAAAGGCAUCCGCAGGUCGGUCUUUCGCCUCCUUCGCGGAGUUCGCCGCUGCCUGGCAGGCCUUCGAGCAGCGACUGUCGUCAGGAAGCCAGAAGGGUCUGCUCACCGCUGUGGAGAUUCCGUGGCCGCACUCUUUGCCCUCUGUCUCUGGUGUGUUGGCGUCUGAUGCCACGGCAGAUAUCAAAAAGAAGCUUCGGACGGCGCUGAUCCGGUGGCACCCGGACAAAUGGGCCCCCAUCCUCGAGCACGUGGUCGAAGCACAGCGUGGAGAUGUUCUGUCCAGAGUGAAGGAGGUGCUCGGAGGUGCUUCGGUGCUACGGCUUGGAUUUGAGACAGAACAGUUCCGAAGUGGGUGGAGGAUGCAGGAGGAUCACCAGGGCUGGGUUGAGGGCCUUUUGCUUCACCAGAUCGAAUCUUCAGACCAGAACCCCAGGCGCUUUGGCCAGGCUUGGUGGGCGUCCUGUGCAAAGCGCGGUUUGCGCGUCACAGCGCUGUACAGCAAUGCUUUGACUGCCGGCUGGCGUGCAAGAAUCCAAAAGAGUCUCGAUGUCUGGACUCAGAGCUGCUUCUUCGACCGUGUGGCCAGCGGCUCCAGCCAUCAGUGGGGAAUUCUCGGAACCAGCGCAGCCAAGGUCGGGUUCCACGCCAUGCAGAUGCUUGCAGUUCUCGGCUUGGUUCUUGCGUGUGCAGUUUCUGCCACUGAUGACAAGGGCACCGCGUUCUUGAAAGAGAAGGAGGCGGAAGAGGGUGUGAUCAAGCUGCCUUCUGGGCUGCUGUACAAGGUGUUGAAGACUGGCACCGGCAUGCACCAUCCCACGAAGUCGACGUCCUGCGAGUGUCACUACAGCGGAACGCUCUGCGGCUGA